AUGGAAGCCAAAAAUUUUCACUUUCUGAAGAUUGUAGGUGUUGAGUACAAAGCCAGAGCUGAAACAGAUGGUUGUCUCUUAUUUCUGAAAUUGGGGUACAGUCAUGAGGUUGAACUCACUGUUCCUCCUGCUGUCCGUGUUUUCUGCUUCAAAAACAAUAUAGUUUGCUGCACUGGAAUUGACAAGCAAAGGGUGCACCAGUUUGCUGCUUCUGUUCGUAGUUGCAAGCCUCCUGAAGGUUACAAAGGCAAGGGUAUAAUUUACAUUGAUGAAGUUAUCAAGAAGAAACAGGGAAAGAAGUCCAAAUGA